CACCGACAGCAUUUUCAUUUGCUAAGACUGUUUAACGAUUAACGUUAUGUACUCCAAUGUUAAAUAAUAAUAUAAUUAAACAUUUUACUAUAAAUAAAUUAAAAAGAAAGUCUGAGAGAAAAGCAGUAGUUAAAGAUGUAUAAAGUGAUGACAAAAUGUUUAUUUGUAAUGUUGACAGUAAAUACGUUACAAUCAGUGGGUUCUAUAAACUGUUACCAGUGUUCUGGGACUGACUCAAAUGCACCAUUUGAGUGUAAUGAGUAUUUAGAGUCUGAUACCAAUUUAGUUCCAAGUGAUUGUGAAGGCAUUCAUGAUGCUCAAUAUUGCAUCAAACAUGUUGGGAGGUUUGAAGGGUUAGAAUGUAUCCAAUGUAAUUCCUCGUCCACAUUGGAAUGUGGUGAUGGACUUAUAAACCUGGACGGUGGGAUUUUGAAGGCUACGUCCUGUGAUCAUGUGUUCAAUGCACAGUAUUGUAUCAAAUUAACAGGUGGGAUUAGCACAAAGAGAUUUUGCUCAUCUUUAGAUUUAGGAAACUACUGUAACUACGUACAACUGCCUGGCGAUAAAUUGGAAUAUAGAACUUGCAUUUACACAUGUAGCAUUGAUGGAUGCAACGGAGCUUCUAGUAUUCAAGUGACAGCAUUAUAUUUUUUGUCAGUGUUGCUUAUAACAAAUUAUAUCUUAAGAUUUUAAUGUAUUUUAAUUUUAUAUAAAUAAGAAAUAUGCCAUUAUUGAAUUAUUGUACCUAACAAUGUAUGCCUAGCAUUUAAAAAUCUCUGACAUUAUCCAUAAUUAUAAUAAACAAGGGUAGGGGCACGAGGUGGGAAAUGGACUUGAGACUGUAUGUUGUACUCCAUUCGAGUGUUUAUUUACCCUAACUCAAUCAAAUAUUUGUCGAAUAUCAAAUAAAAAAAAUAAGUGAAGAAAAAACCACUAAUAAGCUAAGUUAGCAAAAUAAUACGGCUUUCAAACAGUGUUAUGUUCUUGUGGUGAGUAAGGUGACCAAAGCUCCUGGGAGGCUAGUGGGUAGAGUCAGCAAAGCGCUUGCGCUUGUCAAUAUUACACCAUUUCUAUACUGCGGCUUGGUGGCUAAUAAGCGCUUGCGAUGUUUCUGGUGUUGCAAGCGUUUGUAAGGUACGCUAAUUGCUCGCCAUCAGGUAACCUUUCUCAAAGUCCAGUCAGCUUGUGCCCUGUUAACAGUAAGACAAUUUAAUGACUUUACCUAAUGAUGUAUUUUUUACAUAUUUGAAUCUCAGUACAACAUUCCAUUUAUUGACUGUUAACAACAUUCCAUUCACUGAAUGACUGUACCUAAUGAUGUUUUUUUAACAUUCGAAUCUCAGUAAGACGUUCCAUUUAUUUAAAAAAAAAAACACUACUUUUCUAAGUAAAGUUUAUAUAUGAAAAAAAAAAGUUUUUUUAUUUUUAUUUUAGACCUACCUUACGCGUUAUACGAAAGUAGCAACCAUUGUGCGAAUUCAUAAUAAUCAAUGUUAUUAAUGUCAAUGUGUACAAAACUAGGGCAUCAAAGACAACAAAUAAAUGUUCAAACAUUUAUUGAAAAUUUGUGCUACACAAGCAUAAUAUAAAAAUACACAAUAAAUAUUAACGUAACCCUAGCCACAAACCUAAAUUUAGCUUAUAUGAAAUAAUACUUUCUGAUCCGUUUCACUUACAUAUGUGUCGAUGCAUAAGUGGAAUGUAAUAAACUACUAUAUGAAAAUAUUGUACAACCCAUUUUCUUUGCAAUAAAAAAAAAAAAAAAAAAUUGUGAGAAGUUAAA